GUACGAGCGAGCCUACGAGAGCUCACAAAAGUACAAGGAGGGCAAGUUCAUAUUCGAAAAGGCUAAGAUUGUCAAGGAGGAGGAUUGGUAGUGAAAGCAACAUGUUGAAUUCAUUAUUGGAUUGACUCAAAAACUGUACAUAGAUAAAACCUUGGCUUUGUCGAUUCCAAUCUUUAUGGAUUUCACAAGUCUAUCAUCAUCAUCCAUUAUUCGGCUUCUCUGUAAAUGAAGUUAAGUCGGAACUGCGUGCCGUUUUCUCGGUCAUGCACCUAACAUCGACGUAGACAACCUCCUGUUUUAUGUCUACCACAGCCAACUGUUCGCCGUUUUUUUGACGAAUUGCCAACGAAAUUUGAGCAAUGUGACUACGGAGAGAGAGAGGGAAAGAGAUGUAUCUGAAGAAGCCGAUCUGGAGCGAUGGCCCGUCAGCGACGCCGGAGAAUCCGUCGGAAUCGGAGAACGGUGAGGAGACAGACGCGGCGACGAUGGUAGUUGAAGAGCUGGUGACAUCACUCAACACACAGAGACUCUACAGGGAGCUAACACUAUCCCUCCGAACAGGCUUACGCGACGCUUGCGCUGAAUUCUCCUUCCUCCGCAUCCGCGGCCUUCGAUCUCUUCUCAAAACUCUCCGAUCUAUCGCCGAAUCAGACUCCAUCAUUCGCCUCUUCUCCCACACCCAAACCGUCUCCGAUCUCCAACUGGUUCCGGUGCUUUUUCGACAUUCGUUGAAAGAAGCGGAGGAUGAUAGAGUGACGAGCUUAGAUCACAUAUUCAGCGUUGAGCCGAUGAAGAUAACGAGUCCUUCUACGGAUGAUGAGGUCGCGGUUGCUCUUAGGGUUCUCGAAGGGUGCUGCCUUCUCCAUCCUCAGAGCACUGUUCUCGCUCAUAAACACGGCGCAGUCCGCGUAAUGAUGAAUAUAUUGUCAACACGAGGAGUACUUGAGCAAGGUGCCUGCUUAGAUGCCUUAAUCUCAAUCUUGCUGGAUUCUUCAGCAAACCAGGUGGAUUUUGGAGCCUGCAAUGGGAUUGAGGAGGUUGCAAUGCUCAUGCGAGACAAACAAGCUGAUGAAAAUCUCAGGUUAAGAUGCGGAGAGUUCUUACUACUGUUAGUUGGACAUGUGAAUGGGAAGGAUCGAUCGCCCAUUGCGAGUGUAAAUGAAGACAUUAGGCGCCUUUUGGGUGAAAAAUCCGCUUCUUUGAUAUGGGCUGCGAGUCAAUUCGGUUCAACAGGUGAUCCUGAGCAAAGAAUCACUGCUCUUCACAUCCAGGCUGGUAGAGUGCUCGAGUCCCUUGACUUGUACUAAUUGUCAAACUCCGUCUGUUGAUUCUUUUUUUUUCCCUCUUUAAAUGUGUGUAAAAAACUAUCCAAACUCUUCAAUAUCAUUUACCAUUAUUCUUCUA